CAGGGCUUUUUAUCGACUCGAAUUUUAACACUUUUAAAUCUGCUCAAAAAGAGUUUUUUCAGUUUUCAUUUUUUUGAAUUUUAACAUAAAUGUCUUUUAAGACUCCAAACAGUUCAUUCCGAAUUUUAAGAACAUGAUUUUGAACUAAAACCCCCCCAAAAAAUCUCGGAAGUACUGAAUCCAAUUUUUCUGUGUUUGUAUUGUUGUUUUCUUUCGUAUUGCAAAACAUUUGAUUCUGCUGGAGAAAUUAUUGUCACAAUUACUUAAAUCGUGAAAGCUUUUUCUCUUAAAGCAUGACAACUCUGGAUGAUAAAUUAUUGGGUGAGAAAACACACUACUAUUGCAGUAGCAGUGAAGAUGAAGGUAAUGAUGAUGAUUCCGACGAUUUAUCGCACGCUAAAGAACCACAACCUAAAUUCAUUCCUUCUCAGAACCUUGACAAAUGGGAGGGUUCAUCAACAAACACCGGUCCAAAAGGUGUCAUUAAAGAUUGGCAAAGAUAUAAACAGUUGGAAACAGAACGCCGAGAAGAACAAGAGCAAGAAAAAUUAGCUCUUAUGAAAAAAAUGUCAUUAACUUGCCAAUCUGCUAAAGAUGAAGAAAAUGAAAAACAACAACAUGAAGAUGUGGAUGCUGAACUACGAGAGCUUUUAGAUGAUAAAAUCUUGGAAGAAUUCAAACAAAUGCACAUGUUACAGAUGAUGGAACAGCACGGUGGGCAGUCAAAGUAUGGAUCUGUUUUUGAAAUCAAAACUGGUGAAGAGUAUCUGGAUGCUGUUGAUCGUGCUGAUAAAACUACCACUGUUGUCAUCUAUAUAUACAAUAACGGUGAUAAAAGUUGCAAGCUGAUGUAUGAAUGUUUUCAUGAACUUGCUGCUGAAUAUCCAGAGGUGAAGUUUUGUUGUGUAGAGGUUACUGUAGCAGGACUGAGUAGACAUUUUGAGCGUAGAGGUGUGCCUGCAAUAUUAAUUUAUAAAAAUGGGGGUCUUAUGGGUAAUUUUAUUCGUGUGACAGAUGAAUUGGGUGAUGAAUUUGUGACUUCAGAUAUAGAGAAUUACUUGUUGGAGCAUGGCAUGCUUCCAGAUCAUAGUUUAAUUUUUUCAUCAUUAAGAAAAGCUCAGAAUGCAGAACAAUCUGAUUCUGAAUAAUCAUUUUAUCUUCUUGCACAAGCAGAAUAAAUGUGCAAAUUUAACUCUUAAUUCAAUUGAGAGUGUUCUGAAUUGCUACUGUCUUUAUAAUGUAAACAAGCAUUAAUUAUACAGUUUAAACUAUGAACCAGAUUGUUAAAAAGUUUGCACAGACUUUUUGAAUCAUACAGUUCAUAGUUUACAUGUUUAUCGGAUCAUAAAAUUAGCUUUUUGCUUUAAAAUUAGCAUGUGGUAUAUUUUGCAACAAAAAAAAUUGCUAUUACGCAUUAAUAUUUUAAAAGAAAAAUAAAGAAUUUAGAAAAUUUUAGUUAUGUUAUGUUUUUCUCUCAUUCAUUUGUAAAAGUAAUUUUUCAAUUCAAUGAUUUCUUUUGGCCGAUAACUUCUUAAAGAAAUGUUUUGCUUUAAUGAAGAAACAUUUUUUUUUUUAGUUUCGAUACUAUUUCAACUAAUGGGGAUUAGUUUUAUCAAAAUUAGAUUUAUUUAGACAAAAUUGCAAUUCUAAAGAGAAAUGACAUGAUGUGAGAAACAAGCAAUUUUCUCGAUUUAAUUGAUGAGAAGCUCACAAAUUUGUCAAAAUUUCAUCCUUUUUAAAAUCCAGUAUUUUGUAUUUCUUUACAACCAUAUUCAUAAGGAUUUAAAUAUGCAUAAAACUGUACAAGGUUUACAUAAUAUUUUAUGUAAUAUUUAUAUUAAGGAGGGGCCAGCAUUUUAGCUGUAGAAUUUGUAAUGCCUUCAAAGUAGCCACAUAGCAUUAAAAAUGGAAUUCUUUUUCCUAAUUAUUUAAAUAAUCAUGCACCUACAAUUUAAGUUACUAAUGGCUGCAGUGCAAAAUCUUUUUUUUUUUUUUUUUGAAUAAUGUACCAAUAUUUAUUUAUAUUUGAUCAAAUUUUAUAAUAAUAAUGUAUUAAGCUGCAUAUAUUUAUACUAAAUUUGAGUUUUAAGAAUUUUAAUCUAUUAAAAUUUUUAAUUAUGUGAAGGUAUGUGUCUCAUAAGCUUUAAGAAUCCUUAUUAACAUUGUUCCUGUUUGAUCUAAAAAAUUUUACCAUUUGUCAUGGUGGCUUUUCUGCAUUUUUAAAAUAAUUUUUGGUUAAUCAAAUUAUUUGAUUAAAUUGUUUGUUUUAUUUAUCUAUUUGUUUUUUAAAGUACAAAAAGUAACUGUAUUAGUUUAUUUUUUCUUUAUUUUUCGAAUAAAUGUCCCAGAGUUUCAAAAGUUAAAGUCAAAAAAAAAUUUCAUUUUAUAACCGUCAUUGAAUAGCUGACCCAAUAUUUUGGGUUUACAACUACUAAUGUUCAAUUCAGUAGCCUUGUAAUUUUGAACCCAAUCCAAAAGAUAAAACAAGGGAACUCCUGAAUCAAGUAUUGGAGAAAUUUGCCUUUUGUGGCGAACUUUUGAUGAAACUAAUCAGCAUUUGCCUUACAUAUAGAGGAAAACCUCCCACUGUUAGCCUGACGGUAAGGGCUCUAACCCAUGAUCCGUUUACCUAUUAGGAUAUUUUCUGUCAGCAUUGUGAAGCAGCAUGCACAGAUUUCGUAUCAACCAGCCAUUGCCGAGAUUCGAACCCGGUUCCCCUCAUUCGAAGGCGAACGCUUUGUCCCCUGAGCCAUCAUGGCUCCAAACUAAGGAUUGAACAAAAUAUAUAAAGGUAAUUCAAAUUUUUAUUGAAUAUAAAAUAACUAGCUGCAGGAGAAUAAAGCUACCAUUUGUUAUUAGGCCAAAUGUAACUUGUGAAAAAACAAUAAUAAUACUUUUAAUUUUUAGAUUUUGUUCUUUCAUAGUCCUAGAUUUGCGUUUAAAGUAUUCUUAUGUAUUCAAGGCAAUCAUAUUCUACGUAGUUCAAUUUACGAUAUCAUUUUGGUAAUCCAGGCUCAAUUUUAAAUGAUGUUUGUGUUUAAUUUUAUGAAUUAUUUUACGGGAAAUUUUUUCUCAUAACUAAUUACAAUCCUAACAAAUUGUUAACAGAUCUCAAACAAAUCCUAAAAAUUUUAUUAGUUUUUAAAAGAUGUGAAAUAUUUGUUGGAAAAUGUGUAGAUGUAGAUUUGUUUGGUGGAUUUAUUGAUUUUUCAUUUAAAGUUGAAUGUCAUCUAUAGAAAGGUAACUUUUCUGUGUUUUAAGUAGGUAAUAUGUACAAUAACAAAUUUUGAACUGCCAAUAUGUAAAUAUUUGUUUAGCUGUUUUUUUUUCUCCUUUAUUAAGCAGGGGCGAUUGUAAUUCGGGUUUUUCGUUACAUCCCUCCAUGUCUAGAUACCAGUAGCAAGGCAUGUGAUUUUUUCGUAGAAUUGUGCGCAUCUCAAGGCCAUUGUUUUGCGGACUUCCACUAAUCAAAACUUAUAAUACAACCAAAUUUUCGCCACAGUUUUAAAGUUAAGAGUAAGAAUUAAGUUCUACAAUUUUGAAAUCUUCGCUGAAUCGCGUUAACGAGAUGUUUUCAAACACGUAACUCUUCCUCAAUUAUAAUUUUUGAUUUUAAUGAUUGAAUUUACACCAGAAUCUUCUAAUAUCGAGAUUCAUAUUCACGAGAUUUUAAUAUCUAACAUCGAUUUUCGUAUUUAACUAAUUUAAAAGUUAUUCAUUGUAAAUCGCAGUCAUGUGAUUUAAAAAUCAAACAUCGCAAUUCAUAUUCACGCGAUUUUAAUAUCUAACAUUGACUUUCCUAUUUAACUAAUUUAAAAGUUAUUCAUUGUGAAUUGCAGUCAUGAGGAUUUAAAAAUCAAACAUUGUGAUUCAUAUUCAAGCAGGUUUAAAAUCCGACGUCGCUUUUCCUAUUCACUGGAUCUAAAAAUCAUGUGCAUCGCGAUUCGUAUUUACACGAUUCAAAACUCCAAUAAUGCGCUUAUUUGUAUUUAAGCGUUCUUAAAAUCCAAUAUCAUGAUUCAUGUAAGAACUACAUUUUUUCUUAAAUUAGAUACUAUAAAAGUGGGAUAUUCUUUAUUGAUAAGUAAUUUAAUUAUAAAAUAAUUGUAUUAACUAUGAAUAGAUGAAUUGAUAUCUUAUAGAGUUUUUACACUUAAAAUUUUCAGGGUUUUACAGUUUGUGUCACAAUUAUCCCUGAUUAAUUUGUCCUCUUGUAUAAAAAGACCAUAAGAGUGUUGUAAUAGGUCAACUUACAUCGGUGCCCUUGUAUUAUAUAUAUUUCAGUAACAGAAGGUUACUAUUCCUGAAUUAAUUUAUGUUUACAAAAAUGCUACAGUCAAACAAAGAUUUUAUUUUAUACUUCGUAAAUAAUGUGCAGAUAAAAAAAAAUUGCAUUAUAAUAUUUAUGUUAAUUAGUCCGCAAAUUUACCUCUUUAAUUUGCGACUGUUCACUCUCCUGUGAUAACAUUCAUUAUGUUUAAAACAUAAUUUGCGAUACAAUUAUCUUGAACAGAAAUGUGUAUAUAGUUAGAAAUUUUCCACCUUUAUAAUCAGAAAGAAUAGUUUGUCUUAGUUAUUUUGUAACAUUUCUUAUUUCUGGUAUAUUUAGAUAAGAGACUUGGAGAUUCAUUAUAUUUUAAUGAUUUAUAUGACAUAAAUCUCCUGGCUUUUUCAUAUGUAUUGUCUUGUAACUUUGUUUUAAUAUUGCUAUACUUUCAUAUUUCUGUUGACAUUCUGUGUUAUCUUGUGUUGUUAAACAAAUUAUUUGUGUGCUUUAAAGUGACUCUUAAAAGCUUAUAUGUUUAUCUGUCAAUUAUCAGUUAGUAGGAUGUAUUUAUUAUCAUUUAUAUACUGCUUGAAUGUGAGCAUUAUUAAAUAAAAGUCUUUGUAAUUCUA